ACUUGGUGUGUUAGGUCCACCUCAGUGUCUCCAUGUAGACAGUACAACUCUGAGGGUGUCAAACUGGAGGACAGUGGGACCAAGAAGCGUUUCUCAUCAUAUGUCAAACUACAAGUCACAAGCUCACCUGCCCCUCACAGUCCGGAACCUCCGCCUCGCCACAACAGAGUAGCAUCCCCCCUUCUUAGACGAAAUAUAGAAUCCUCAUCCCCCUCUUCUGUAAGAAGAAAUUUUCCAGAAGGAAAUCAGUCCCCAUUAUUAGGAAGGAGGUAUGUGUCGCCGACCCCACCUCAGCCACCUCCACGACGAUUGUCUGACUGCAACUCCGUUCCGGGUUCGCCACGACGACCUGCCCGCUUCCACCAUACCCCCGAGCCCCAGCGCAGAGUUGUGCAGACCCGCGAUGGCGUCAGUUCGUUGCUCGGUAGUGCCAAACAGCUGGUUAACAAAGCUGUCUGGUACUCGCACCGUCUGGUCUCGGGCCCGGGCAGUCGCUCGGACAAACACCUCGCUAAUCAAACCCAUCAAGUGACCCAACACCUCUAGCCUCCCCUCUCCUCACCUCACUCUUAUGUUAUUUUUAUGUACAACUGCACGAUUCGUUUGGACACUGUGGAUGCCAAGCAAAUCUCAUGAAUUUAGUUCUUUGCAUGAAAUGUUUCUAUGUAUUGUAUGAGACGUCUUAAAUGGUACUUAAAGCAAAAAGUAAUAGGAAACAGCUAGCCAAAAUUCAAAAUUUGAAUCACAAUUUUCAGUAGGAAAUUGUUGCUUUUGUUAAAUAUUUUCUUACAGACAUUCCAUAAAUCAUUUUUAUUUAAUUAUUUUCUUAUAGAGUUUUGAUUUAAGUGCUCCUAUCAUGCAUUUUGAAGGGAAACAAAAGAAUUAUAACUAAGAUUUAUAGUUUUUAUUUAUUCACCAAAUAUUUGUAAUAGAAAAACAAUAAGUCAUUUUCCCUUAAAAAAAUAAAAAUCCCAAAAAAUAAAAGAUUAAAAGAAUAAAAAUACAAAAAAAUUAAAUACGUACAUUUGAAAAUUUUGAUUACAUUAUUAAUCUUUAGAUAUUUUCCCCUAAAAAUGUAUAAAAGCUAUUACACUAUAACUUCAUUAAUUAUAUUUUAGUGCAAACAAACUAGACAAGUAAUGGUUUUAUCAAAAUAAAAAAAAACUAAAAAUAUUUUUUGUCAGUGUGCUAAUGACUAAUGGUAUACUAGGCCGUUUAUGAAAAAACAAACAUACAUUUGUCAUUCUUGCAUGUGGACUAGUUUAUAAUGCUUAACUCAUGUUGACUUUUCAAAAAAAUUUUGGAAAUAUUAAAGCUAACGGCAUAGUUUGUUUUAAGCUCAAAUUUGUCAUAUGUCAAUAAAAAACGUCCGUGACUUUUUACAACCUCAAAUUUUUUACUGCUAAGUUUUCUUGAAAUUGUAUGAAGACAAGUCUAGUACAAAAUGAGGUAGUCUAUAUACCACAUACAGAAAUUAAUAAAAAAUACAAACAUACACAUGUACCUUACUGUUUAGCUGUAAUAUAUAAUACAAUCAGGCUGACUUGUAUGUAUUAUUUGAAUGGCAACAAACUUCCUCUAGUCAAUAGUUAGUUUCUCCAACAAUUAGGAAAACUGAUGUGUCUGAAAAAUAUUGUGCAGCAUGUAAAACUAUAAGUUUUCUUUUCUACCUACCUUCCCCAUAUUUCUCUUUGAAUAUGUUUAAGACAAAUUUAAAAAAUUGACCUUGAUUUUAACAAAUGACUUCAUGUGUUUGUACAUGAGUAUUGGUGUUAAGUAUUGACUUUUGUCAAAGAUUAGAGUGUAUGAAAUGCAACAAUACUUGAGAAAUUGUGCAUCAGCCACAAUUUAAUUUUGUAAGUUUAUGGUGUAAAGAAAGUUGGUUUUACUCGUAAUAAUUGACAAACUGGAUUGAUAUAUUGAAAUUGAUGUUAUAAUUUUGCUUGUAUGUUCUUUGCCCAUGUUCUUAUUUUUUUCUUUUCGAUAAAAAAGUGUACAUGAAGUUUUUUUUAUUCACCCUUAAGUUUAUUUCAGUAAAAUUUUGUUUGUUAUUUAAGAUGUGAAGAUUCAAAUUAUAGAUUAUUCAAAAUA